AAAGAUUUAUUAAGAUGGAAAUGGUGAAGGAAAUAGUGGCAGCGAGCCCCGUGGUGAUAUUCAGCAAAAGCAGCUGCUGCAUGUCGCAUGUGAUUCUAAUUCUGAUACGCGGCUUUGGGGCGAAUCCGGUGGUGUAUGAGCUGGAUGGAGCCUCAGCCUCAAAUGGAGUAGAAAUGGAGAAGGCAUUGCUUGCAUUAGGGUGCGAGCCCAGCGUUCCCGCCGUCUUCGUGGGGGCUAAAUUUGUUGGUGGAUCUGAUCAAGUUAUGAGCCUCAAUAUCCAAGGAAAGCUCAAGCCUUUGCUUAUCAAGGCCAAUGCUAUCUGGAUGUAGUCUUUCCUUUUGUUUUGGAGUUGAGCAUAGUUUUAUCGAUAACGUUACAUGCUUCCAUCACCGCCGUUUUUGACUUUGUCAGAGUCGAGGAUGAAUCAGAAUGUAACUUAUAUAAUUUCAAUUAUGGACUAUAUUCUUCUUAAUUAAUCAGAACUUCACAGAGGUGAAUAGUCUCGCUAUUAAUUUAGUUCUAGU